AUGGCCACAUUCUCCUCUAUCAAAUAUACUCCCGCCGAGGAAACCGAGCUCAAACAAUGGACCCUCACAUCAGAGCGUCUGAAGACCUCCAGUCCUGAAACCAAAUCCCUCCUCGAUUCCUUAAACACCCAUUUAGCAUCGCGAACAACGCUUCUUGGUUCCAAACCCUCUGCUGCCGAUAUUGCCAUUUACGAGAGUUUGGCACCCCAGGUUGCGAAAUGGAGUAGUGAGGAGCGAACGGGAGAAAAGGGUCAUCCAAAUAUUGUGCGCCAUGUGGAUUUUGUCCAGAAUUCGCCUAUAUUUGGCUUGAAUGUUGAGGAGGAGAAGAAAGUCAAGGUUGAUCCCGAGGAGAUUUUAUAUGUUAAGCCUCCUGUUGAUGCUAAAGCCGAGAAGGAGCGUUUGAAGAAAGAGAAAGCUGCUGCUGCUGCCGCUGCAGCAGGAGGUGAACAAAAGGAAUUGGCGGAUCGAACUAAGGAAAAGGGUGAUAAGGGAGUUAUUGCCCAAGUUGCCGAAAAGGUUGCAGAGGCAAAAGAUACAGUUGUUGCGGCUGUGACAGGCGAACAGGCACAACAACCCAAGCAAAAGAAAGAGAAGAAGGAGAAGGCACCAAAACCUCAAAAGGCUCCUGCUCCAUCUGCUCCUCUUUCUCCAUGUUUGAUUGAUCUCCGUGUCGGUCAUAUCUUAAAAGCUAUCAAGCAUCCAGAAGCCGACUCUCUAUUUGUCUCCACUAUUGCUAUGGGUGACAAGCCCGGAACCGAUGAUACAUCUGAAUACGAAGGACAAGUUGUGCGAACAGUCUGCUCGGGUCUCAAUGGUCUCGUUCCUCUCGAAGAAAUGCAAGGUCGUAAAGUAGUAGUCGUCUGCAAUCUGAAACCCGUGAAGAUGCGCGGUAUCAAAUCAUGCGCCAUGGUCCUCGCCGCAUCUCCCAAACUAAAGGAAGGAGAAGAAGAUCACCACGCCGGGCCAGUUGAACUUGUUACUCCACCAGCCGAAGCUAAGGCCGGUGAACGCGUCUUCUUCGAGGGCUGGAAGGGAGAGCCUGAGGGAGUUUUGAACCCAAAGAAGAAAGUUUGGGAGAUGAUCCAACCGGGUUUUACUACAACUGUUGAUUUGGAAGCUGCGUUUGAUGCGGGUGUUGUCAAGGAGUUGAGUAAAGAGGGAGAGGAUCCUAAGACUGGCGUCGGAAAAUUGGUCACUGAGAGUGGUGGUGUUUGCAAGGUUAAAUCUUUGGCUGGAGCUAUCAUUAGAUAG